GGCAGUGGCCGUAAAGCUGUUCGCUCGGUACGACGCGAGUCCGAGCUCAGCGCCUAUCCUGGGUCCAUGGGCGCUACCGCCCCCCGACGUGAGAGAGCGAAGUUCUCGGGCCGCGCUCCCUCCCUGCCUGGGUGCCCGCCCUCUCCGGGAGCCUGGGUCCCGGGGGCGGUCGCGGCGGCUGCAUCCUCAGGCCAGGCCGCGGGGGGAGGGGGCGGCACGGGCCUCCGAAAGCGGGGCCAUGGAGCCCAGAGAGUCGGGGAAGGCUCCUGUGACGUUUGAUGACAUCACUGUGUACUUACUCCAGGAGGAAUGGGUGCUGCUGAGCCAGCAACAGAAGGAGCUCUGUGGUUCCGACAAGCUGGUGGCACCACUGGGACCAACUGUUGCCAACCCUGAGCUGUUUUGUAAGUUCGGACCAGGGCCAGAGCCAUGGCUUGGCAGUGUCCAGGGCCAGAGGAGCCACCUGGAGCAUCACCCAGGAAAAAAACAGAUGGGCUACAUGGAAGACAUGGGCGUGCAAGGUCCCACCAGGGAGAGUGGACAGUCCCUGCCGCCUAAGAAGAAAGCCCGCCUUUCCCACCUCAGUACGUGCAGUGGACACAUCGAGGGAGACUGGGCAGGAAGAAACAGGAAACUCCUGAAGCCCCGGUCCAUCCAGAAGUCAUGGUUUGUGCAGUUUCCGUGGCUGACCAUGAAUGAGGAGCAGACGGCUCUGUUCUGCUCUGCUUGCCGAGAAUACCCCUCCAUCAGGGACAAACGGUCAAGACUAAUAGAAGGUUAUACAGGACCAUUCAAGGUGGAGACUCUCAAAUACCACGCCAAGAGCAAGGCCCACAUGUUCUGUGUCGAUGCCUUGGCAGCAAGGGACCCCAUCUGGGCAGCCCGGUUCCGGAGCAUCAGAGACCCAUCUGGAGAUGUCCUGGCCAGCCCGGAGCCACUCUUCACGGCAGAUUACCCCAUAUUCUACCCCCCAGGGCCUCUGGGAGGCUUUGAUAGCAUGGCUGAGCUCCUGCCAAGCUCAAGAGCUGAACUAGAGGACCCUGGGGGGAAUGGAGCAAUUCCUGCUAUGUAUCUGGACUGCAUUUCAGAUUUGAGGCAAAAAGAAGUCACUGAUGGCAUCCACAGCUCCUCAGACAUUGAUAUUUUAUGUAAUGAUGCAGUAGAAUCCUGCAUUCAGGACCCUUCUGCAGAGGGGUUGUCGGAGGAGGUUCCUGUGGUGUUUGAGGAGCUGCCGGUGGUGUUCGAGGAUGUGGCAGUGUAUUUCACCCGGAAGGAGUGGGGCAUGCUAGACAAGCGGCAGAAGGAGUUGUACAGAGACGUGAUGCGGAUGAACUACGAGCUGCUGGCAUCCUUAGAUAUUCUGUUGAUUCCUACUGUGGAAGAUGGAGAUACGGCCCUGUUACAUCACCUGGGCCCCCACUUCUCUUCCCUCCAUCCUCUCAGAACAGGACCUGCUGCUGCCAAGCCAGAUUUGAUCUCCAAACUGGAGCGGAGGGCUGCACCCUGGAUCAAGGACCCAAAUGGGCCAAAGUGGGGGAAAGGUCGUCCUCCAGGGAACAAGAAGAUGGUGGCAGUGAGAGAGACAGACACACAGGCCUUGGCUGCAGACUCUGCGUUGCUUCCAGCCUCUCCCGUGGAGGCCCAUGCCUCCUGCUGCAGUCCCAGCAUUUGUGAAGGAGAAGGAGAUGGACCUAGGAGAAUCAAGAGGACAUAUAGGCCCCGUUCCAUUCAGAGGUCAUGGUUUGGGCAGUUCCCAUGGUUAGUCAUUGACCCCAAAGAGACCAAACUCUUCUGCUCAGCCUGCAAAGAAAGACCUAAUCUCCACGACAAAUCAUCUCGGUUAGUCAGAGGUUAUACGGGGCCUUUUAAAGUGGAGACUUUAAAAUACCAUGAAGUCAGCAAAGCCCACAGGCUGUGUGUGAACACGGUUGAAAUCAAGGAAGACACUCCUCACACUGCCCUCAUUCCAGAGAUCUCCAGCGACCUCAUGGCCAACAUGGAGCACUUUUUCAAUGCCGCCUACUCCAUCGCAUACCACUCAAGGCCCCUGAAUGACUUUGAGAAGAUCCUGCAGCUCCUCCAAAGCACCGGGACCAUGAUAUUAGGCAAGUACCGCAAUCGCACAGCAUGCACUCAGUUCAUCAAGUACAUCUCGGAGACCCUGAAGAGGGAGAUCCUGGAGGACGUGCGGAACUCGCCCUGCGUGAGCGUGCUGCUGGACAGCUCCACCGACGCCUCCGAGCAGGCCUGCGUGGGGAUUUACAUCCGCUACUUUAAACAGAUGGAGGUGAAAGAGUCCUACAUCACUCUGGCCCCUCUCUGCAGUGAGACAGCAGACGGCUACUUCGAGACCAUCGUUUCUGCCCUGGAUGAGCUGGACAUCCCCUUCCGGAAGCCUGGCUGGGUGGUGGGGCUGGGAACGGAUGGCUCAGCCAUGUUGAGCUGCAGAGGAGGCCUUGUGGAAAAGUUCCAGGAGGUCAUCCCGCAGCUGCUGCCUGUCCACUGUGUGGCCCACCAGCUGCACCUGGCUGUGGUGGAUGCCUGCGGGAGCAUCGAUCUGGUGAAGAAGUGUGACCGGCACAUCCGCACCGUCUUCAAGUUUUAUCAGUCGUCAAACAAGAGGCUGAACGAGCUGCAGGAAGGUGCAGCGUCUUUGGAGCAGGAGAUCAUCCGCCUGAAGGAUCUGAACGCAGUCCGCUGGGUGGCCAGCAGGAGGCGCACGCUGCAUGCGCUGCUCGGAAGCUGGCCCGCCCUGGCCAGGCAUCUCCAGAGUGUGGCGGAGGCUGGGGGCCAGAUUGGGCACCGGGCCAAGGGGAUGCUGAAGCUCAUGCGCGGCUUCCACUUUGUCAAGUUCUGCCACUUCCUGUUGGACUUCCUGAGCGUUUACAGGCCUCUGUCCGAGGUGUGCCAGAAGGAGAUCGUGCUGAUUACAGAGGUGAACGCCACGCUGGGCCGGGCCUAUGUGGCACUGGAGAGCCUCCGUCACCAGGCGGGGCCCAAAGAGGAAGAAUUCAACGCCAGCUUCAAGGAUGGGCGGCUCCACGGCAUCUGCUUGGACGGACUGGAGGUAGCGGAACAGCGGUUCCAGGCAGACAGGGAGAAGACGGUCCUGACCGGGAUCGAGUACCUCCAGCAGAGGUUCGACGCAGACCGACCCCCACAGCUCAAGAACAUGGAGGUGUUUGACACCAUGGCCUGGCCAAGCGGGAUCGAACUUGCCAGUUUUGGGAAUGAUGACAUUCUCACGCUGGCCAGGUAUUUCGAGUGCUCCCUCCCAACAGGAUACAGUGAGGAAGCUCUGCUGGAGGAGUGGCUGGGCCUGAAAGCCAUCGCCCAGCACCUUCCGUUCUCCAUGCUCUGCAAAAACGCCCUGGCCCAGCACUGCCGCUUCCCCCUGCUGAGCAAGCUCAUGGCCGUGGUGGUCUGUGUGCCCAUCUCCACCUCCUGCUGUGAGCGGGGGUUCAAGGCCAUGAACCGGAUCAGGACUGAUGAGAGGACCAAGCUCUCCAAUGAGGUGCUCAACAUGCUCAUGAUGACGGCUGUGAACGGCGUGGCCGUCACGGAGUACGACCCUCAGCCCGCCAUCCAGCACUGGUUCCUGACCUCCUCAGGCCGGCGUUUCAGCCAUGUCUACGCCUGUGCCCAGGUGCCAGCCCGCUCCCCUGCAAGCGCCAGGCCCAGGAAGGAGGAGAUGGGAGCCCUCUAUGUGGAGUCUGGGAGCCAGAAGCCACCCAUCGUGCCCUCCAGGGCAGCAGUGGAGGUUCUGAAGGACUGUAUCAUGGAGCCUCCCGAGAGACUCCUGUACCCCCACACUAGCCAGGAGGCCCCCGGGAUGUCCUGAGGGACAGGGAGUCCUUGGGACUGCCUUGGAGACGCCUCUGGGAUCACUGGGACAGGCUCUGCAGAUUCUAGGCUGCCCUAGGAUCUUCUGCUGGUGGCGAUGGUCUCUAAGCACCAGGAAGUGGGCCGUGGCGUCCCGGAGCAGCAGGGGUAUUAGGAGGUGCAUGACCUGUUUCCUGAGGCCCAUUCAGCACAGCCAUGCCUCACAGCACACAAAUGUGCCAGAAGGUUCUAGAUCUCAAGUUCAUUUUUAAGGUGCUCCAGAAAAUAACCCCAUCAUGAAAGGUUUCAGCCCCUGAGUUCUGGUGGCAAGAGGACUGUCCUGGUGGGGGAGACUGAUGGACAUCCCUGGGGAAUGUUCCAGGGAGGCUGCCCACAGCCUAGUGAGAAUGGGAAAGGCCACUUUGUUAGAGGGGAGGCUGACUCUGCUCUAGGGACAGCUGGCCUGGCUGCAGGAGCCCCCAGAGGCAUUGUUCUGGGACUUCCUACCCUGGCUCCCGCAGCAGAAACAGUGAGGCCUCGAUCUCGUGCGGAUCUGUACCUCUUCCCAGGGCUUCCUUCAGGGCGAAACAAUCACAAGCCCUUUGCACAGAGCACCCAAGAAAGUUCUCUUCCUGCAGCUCCAGAUGGUAGAGCUGGGGCUCUUCUGGCAGGGGGUCUGGUGCUUCCCGCAGAGCCCAGCCGCGUUUGACCUGUGGCACGCCCAGCCCGGUUUCCUCAGGAGAGGAUGGGACCAAGUUGGAGUUGGGAGGCUUGGGAUGCAGCCCCAGCUCUGCUGCAGGCAGUGGUCUGAUUAAUCCCUUCCUCUUUUCUGUGCCUCAGUUUCCCUCUCCAUGAAGUGGCAGCAGAGAAUCCAAGUGCCUGCUGACUCCCCACCUGCCCUAGGAUUAGUGAAUGAGAGCCUCGGGCUCCUUGAAAGACCUCUGACUGCAGUGUGGACUUAUCUGCCUUCCGCCCCAUUCUCGUCCUUAGUGGGACAGGUAGGAAUUUGUCUCCAAAGUCCUUGUUGUAGGAGUUGCUCUCUGAAUGCACCAUCUGCCUGACAGGCUAGUCCACUCUUCUCCGAGUUGCCCUGGGGACUCUGCACCAGGAUCGCCAGGGCCCACUGAGACAUCCCGGAAUGGGGACUCAGUGACAAGGGCUUUGAACAAGCUCCUCCAGGGUCUGUGGGCCUGCUCCCGCUUCAGAACCACAGAAGCACCCCCCUAGAGGCACAGAGGGGCUUCCGGCACUGCUAGGUUCACACCCUCCUUGCCCAUCUUCCACCUAAAGCGAAGCACUUUUCCUUCCGGGGCAGCUCCAUCUUGGCAGGCUCAGGAGGCCGCUUAUCAGGAGGGGGAUGAUUUUGUCUAGGUUCUGCCUUCCUUAACCAUGGGCAGGAAAUAAGGAAAGUCAGCACGCAGGGCUUCUCUGCCCUGCCUGACACUUGUUUUAAACAGGCAGGAAGUGGGUGCCAUCCAUCCCAGCUUGCUUGCUGCCUGGCUCAGGCAGGUCCUGUGCUGUGCUGCAGGCCCCUGUGGGUGGGCCCUUUCUCCAUAAUCUGCUGCUUCCCAUUCCCAGGGUAGAUGCUGGCAUCUGAGCACCUGAGUCCCUUCCUAUUCCCAGGGUGGAAGCUGCUGUCUGACUACCCUUCCCAUUCCCAGGGUAGAUGCUGGCAUCUGAGCACCUGAGUCCCUUCCUAUUCCCAGGGUAGAAGCUGCCGUCUGAGUACCCUUCCCAUUCCCAGGGUAGAUGCUGGCGUCCAAGCCCCUCCCCAGUACUGCAGGUGCCCUAGUACCCCAUAUGCCCUUUCAUCCCCCACCCCAGCACUUAGCCUCAGCACUGUUGUUUUCCUGCCGUUUUCAGUUCUAGUCAGGAAUUCCUUUCUUGCUUUCUGCCUUUGACCUGUGGAAACGUCUCCCAGCCCUGUGGGUCUGGCGGUCAGAGGCACCCCUCAGGCCUGUGGUGCGGGAGCUCUGGGAGGUGUUACUAUCCACGUGGCUAAGACAUGCACAGGCCUCCCUCUCUCCAUCACCGUCUCCAUGGGUGUUCAGGAACUUGCCCAGGUCAGGCACUGUGGAUGUGAACUGGUGGAAGGGGAGGGAGAAAGGCUUUUUUAGGUGGGGCUGUAGCCUCUUCCCUACCCACAGGGAUUCCACAUCAAGGUGCUGUUCCAGCACACACGCUUCCUGUGGCCUCUUCAUCCUUGAAGAAUCUCUCAGAGCAGGGGGCCAUCCUGUGAGCAGCCGUGAGUGGGUCUCUGUGGGAGCAGUUCUGGAGCUGAGGUGGAAGCCAGGGGAAGCCCCUCGCCCUCUCCACGUCAGCAUCAGCGUGCUCCGAGGACACCGUCCAGUGCCUUCCUUAGGUGGUGGGAAAAGCGGUCCCCUUGCAGCGGGGCCACUGAGAACACUACCCGAUUUCUCGAGGGGCGCAGGCCUGCUCCGUUCCCCUUUGUCAGCCAAUGACCAAGAAGGAAGAAGAUGACUGCCGUCUCAUUCCUGAACUUCCUCAUUCAGGACUCCCGUGGAAACACAGUGAGCGUCCUUAUCCGAGGCCCCGGCCCAGGCCGGCCCCUUUGCUUUGUUUGGAGAGGCUGGCUGAGUUUUGGCCCCUAGUGCCCAGAGACCCCCUUGUUGGAGAGGCUUCCUGUUCAUGCCUCACAAGAAGAAGAACCACAGGGCUCUGGGAGUGGAAGGAGCACGCACUCCCGCUUUGGCUGGAGUCCCAGCGCUUGUCGCCACCUUCCUCCUUGCCUGUAGUCUUGACAGCAUCCGUAUGUACGUGUCCUGGCAUUUCCCCCCCCCUCCCUGAUGACUGAUGCCCACCGGGUCUGACAUUCCAAGUAACCAGUAUGUAACUGGUAGUUUGAUCCCAGUAGCCAUAGCGACUCCAGGUGGGAGAGAGGGAGCCAGCCCCCUGUCCUGGAAGAUACCUUAGAGUAUGUGACCACGCUCCAGAACCUUGCUUCUCUCUCCUGCAGAGGGUGGGUUUCUGGGGUGCUAAGUACCUACCAGAACAGCGUGGAGGGGCAGGUACACUAACUGGCCCAGGGAUGUUCUCUCCUCCAUUUUCAAAGAUGAAAGGAGGUUUUAAAGACCAUGUUUGAUUCCUAAUCUUUUGCUACCUGAAUAAAGCAGAGUCUAUUUCAACACA